AUGAUAUCAAAUCACGCAAAAUCUUGUACAGCUUCUGUUUUAAAAAGAGCUGGCAAGAAUGGCAGCCAUUAUUCCUUGAGAUGCUAUACCACAGAUAACAAGCCUGGUAAUGGGUGGGACUUUUUGUCCAACUCUAGUGAAAACAAUUCCCCUAAUAACACCUCAAAAGACGAUCUGGUUUUCAACGCGGAUGCAGGUGAUGCCUAUGCACAACAGAAACCUUUGAUUUCUGAUGCAUCAGAAGGAUAUCCCAUAUCACAAAAGUCAGCACAGACUAGUAGCGGCCAGAAGGUUCGUCUCAGCAAAGAAAACUUGAAUGAAGUAUUUCGAGCACCUCGCCAGCAUAAAACAUCUGACUCUGCCUUUUCUGGUGUACAAGCAACACAUCAAGAGCGCCUUGCUUUUGCAAAGAUUUUCGACACUAUUUUACAAAGAGCGCGAACUUCCAGUCCUGGUGUCGACAACUCUAAGCUUCUUAAAAAAUCCGAAGGUCUUUUACCAAGUAUGCAGGCCAUUUUCGAAAAGAAGUUUGAUGCAACAGAACAAGGAAGCAGUCUAGCAGAAAAUGAUGGAGGCGAAGGAGGGGUCAGAGUUACAAAUGAUGAUAUCCGAAAGUAUCCCAUGUCUAUGGGUCCAUUUAUGGAUAUGCCCAAAUCUACCUCUAUUGAUUUGACUCGAGUUUUCCAAAUUCAGACGACCCUCAAACGUAAAUUUGAGCCCAUUUUAAAGCACAUGAAUGAGAACCUAUUGACAGAUGCUGAGCUUUCUGAUUUUUUCAAAACUAUGGUUCUUUCUAGAUUCCAACAAAAGAAGAAAGACAAUAAAGCCGCUCAAGGGAACAGCAAGGUCAGCCUUGUGAACCACGAUCUCGACGACUUAGAAGCCCUGGAUGUGACAUUGGAAAAUUUCCCCGUGGAUCACAACACCCUGCCUUUUCUGCUAAAAGAAAGUAUGCGGAUUCUGGCCGACGAUUUCAACUCUCCUGUUGAUGCUCUUACUCUUUUUGAGUUAACUAAGAGAGGAAGCAUUGAUACGUAUGUUGCUGGUUGCAACAUUUCUGUCUAUAAUGAAGUUAUUCGAAUAAAGUGGAACGCAUUUCAGGAUCUGCAUUUUGUCGAGUCUCUGAUAAACGAAAUGCAAGUGAAUGGUAUUCUUGGGAAUUCAGAAACUGCAGAAGUUCUUGGGGAUAUUUCCAAGGCCGUCACAUCUAUCAAGGCCCCUAAGGCCCUACAAAUGCCUAAUCUCACUACUGCCAGUGAUAACAAUACAGCUGAGACUGGCACAGCUCUUUGGAGUCAAGCUGACGAGGAGCGGAUUGAAAAUAUCAAUAAGUUCCGACUACAAACCAUGCAGACUCUUAUUAAGCACGAUAGUAUCAAACACGACUCUCUAUUGUCGGGUUUAAUGAGCCGGUGA